AUGGCGUGCCUCGCGAUCUCCCUGCAGCCGGUGAACGGCCCGGACAUCCUACUUCAAACGCGGUCCUGGUUCCCCGUCUCCCGCGCCCUCGCCACCGUCUCCGCCUUUCGCCUCGCGCGCCUCCACCUCGCACGCGGCAAGCAGCAGUCCUCCUCAUCCUCCGCCUCCUCGGCCUCGCUCGACGCCAUCGGCGACGACCCGCUCGCCGCCGCGUCGGGGCAGCUCGUUGUCGGCGUCGAGUCACAGUACCGCGUGGUGUACCGCCUCGUCAACUCCAUCUACGUGCUGGGGUCACCACCGCAGGCUCCGACCAUGCCGCCCCCGCUGUCAACGCCUUCGCCGUCGCCGACGCCCGUCAACCAGGCCGUCUCCGUCGUCGUCGCAGCCUGCCGUGGCGUCGACGUCACCCCGAAGGUGCACCGCAAAUGCCCCGAGGUCUAUCUCGCUCUCGACCUCGUCCUCCACGGCGUUGGCUCCGUCCGCCUCUCCCAGAUCCUCGCCACCAUCCAUGGCGACAACCUCGCGCGCAUGGAGACGCUCGCGGCUGGUGACGAAUUCUCGUCUAACAUCGCCCCUGCAACCACUGUUGCUACUGGGGACGAGCCACCACCUGAGGAGGCAGCACCUGUGGAGAAGGAUCCCUUCGCAGCCAGUGACCUGAUUAACAACAAGCCGGAGGAGGCAUUGGUGGGUGGAUUCAAGAAGAACAAGGAGACUGCCCUUGUGGUUGCUGAUCCUGCAGCUGCGCUAGCUGGAUUGGAGGUCACGACUUUACCACCAGCUGAGGCGACUAAGCCGACAUUUAUUGGAGUUGAAGGGUUUGAGGGUGAUUAUGGUGGCAUUGAGUUUGGCAAUGAUGAGGCUUCACUUGCUGAGGCGUUUGAAGGCUCAAUGGCAUACCAUUUGGUGCGUACAGAAAUGACUGCUCCUGAGUUAUUUAUUGCUGAGGAGAUCAAUGCAGAAUUCAAGGAGUCUAUUCUUGUGCGUGUUGGCUUGAAGGGUACAAUCUUCCUGCGGACCUUGCCACUGAAUAAGGCAGCGGGCAAGGAGACUGAGUUCUCAUUUUGUCUUGAGGGCACAUCAGGAAUGAAGAGGGCUGCAUUGCAGAGUAAUGUGUUGAGUAACCUACAGAAUGGAUUGUUCCAUGUCAGGACUGUGUCGAAGAGGAGCCCAUUCCCUCAUGAAGUACAGCUUCCUGCGGGCUUUCCGCCUCCCCUUUGA